AUGUCUGAACGAGGUUCCUUUCGGGGCCGUGGCCGCGGCGGAGGUCACGACAGGGGAGGCCGUGGCGCCCACUCCCACUCCACCCAACACAGCUCACGAGGUGGCGGUGCACACCAGCACCACGGGCAUCACCAGCAACAGCAUGGCGAUAGGGAGAAGGAGAAACAGGAGAAGCCCAAGAAGGAGAAUAUCCUCGAUUUAUCCAAGUAUAUGGAUAAGCUGGUCCAUGUCAAGUUCAAUGGAGGAAGAGAGGUUACCGGUACGCUCAAGGGCUUCGAUCAGCUCAUGAACUUGGUGCUCGAUGAGGUCAAGGAAGUCAUGCGAGAUGACGAUGGCAACGAGACUACCCGCUCCCUUGGCCUGAUCGUCGCGCGUGGGACUUUGAUUGUUUUGAUCUCCCCGGCGGACGGCAGCGAGGAGAUUGCCAAUCCCUUUGUCCAGCAGGAGGAGUAA